AUGGCUUCGCUAUCCAGCAGACUGACCGUCCUGCUGGCAGCCGCGGCCGCCCUCUCGCCCGCUGCGGCCAACUCCGAACCCGCAGCCGACCCUCUCUCCAACUCCGUCCCGUCCUCGCGCCGAUCAGAAUCGCAACUCUCCCAGCGAGGAACCCCCCAAGCGCCCUCCGGCUACGUCCCAAGCGAUGUCUCGUGCCCCAGCACCCGUCCGACGAUCCGCAAUGGCUCUACGCUGUCCGACCAGGAGCUCGAAUGGCUCCCGAAGCGCCGAAACGCAACCAUCCCCUACAUCCGCCAACUCCUCAAGCGGAUAAACAUCCCCAACUUCGACAGCGACGAGUACCUCAAGAAUGCCGAGACGAACACCACCGCCCUGCCCAACAUUGGCAUCGCCGUGUCUGGUGGUGGCUACCGCGCCAUGUUGUCUGGCGCCGGCGCAUUGGCAGCCUGGGAUAUUCGAUCCGACGGGAGCCAGAAGGAGGGCAACCUGGGCGGCCUGCUGCAGAGCGCGACCUAUCUCUCCGGUCUGUCUGGCGGCGGCUGGCUCGUGGGCAGUCUGAUGAUGAACAACUGGACCUCCGUCCAGGAGAGCGUCAACUACCCCGGUAUCUGGCAGCUGCAGAACUCCAUCUUUGAGGGCCCUGAGCAGUACAGCCUGCUUGGCUACUACGACGACGUCUUCAAUGCCGUGUCGGACAAGAAGGAUGCCGGCUACGAGCGAUCGCUCACCGAUUACUGGGGUCGCAUGCUCUCAUACCAGCUCAUCAACGCCACCGACGGCGGCCCUGCGUUCACCUGGUCCUCUAUCGCCGACGACGAGGACUUCAAGGCCGGCAACGCUCCCAUGCCCUUCGUCAUCGCCGACGGCCGCAACCCCAACGAGACCAUCGUGGCCCUCAACUCGACCGUCUUCGAAUUUACCCCCUGGGAGCUCGGCUCCUUCGACCCCACCCUCAGGGGCUUUGUGCCGCUCAAGUACGUCGGCUCCGAGUUCGAGAACGGCACGCUGCCCAGGGACAAGAGCUGUGUUCGCGGCUUCGACAACGCCGGCUUCGUCAUGGGCACCUCCAGCAGUCUGUUCAACCAGAUCGUGCUCUACCUCGACGACCCCAACAGCAUCUACGUCCCCGACAAUGUCCCCGACUUUGCCAUCAGCGCCCUCACGACUAUCCUCGAGAACAUUGGCGAUGACAACAACGACAUUGCGGACUGGACGCCUAACCCUUUCAAGGGCUAUAACCCGGAGGAGAGCUACAUCACCGACUUUGAUCGUCUGACCCUUGUCGACGGUGGCGAGGAUCUCCAGAACGUGCCCUACUACCCGCACAUCCGCACCGAGCGCGAGGUCGACGUCGUCUUCUCGUUCGACUCAUCCGCCGACACCGAGUCGCUGUGGCCCGACGGCGCCUCCGCCAUCGCCACCUACGAGCGCUCCCUCGAGGACAUCUCCGAGGGCUCCUCGUUCCCCGUGGUCCCUGGCAAGAACACAUUCCGGAACCUCGGCCUCAACACCCGCCCGACCUUCUUCGGCUGCAACGCCACCAACACCACGGAGCCCUCGCCGCUCAUCGUCUACAUCCCCAACUACCCCUACGUCUACGCCGCCAACAUCUCCACCUUCCAGUUGAGCAUCAACGGCUCCGAGCUCUCUGCCAUCAUCGAGAAUGGCUACUCCGUCGCCACCCAGCUCAACGGCACCCGCGACAGCGACUGGCCCGUCUGCGUCGCCUGCGCCAUGCUCUCGCGCAGCUUCGACCGCACAAACACCACCGUCCCGGCCAAGUGCCAGGACUGCUUCGACAGCUACUGCUGGAACGGUACGCUCGACGAGAGCGAGCCCGAGCCCUACUACCCCGAGUUUAUCGGCGCACCUCUCAGCAUCGAGAGCUUUGCCCACAAGCUCUUGAGCAGCACCAUUACCGCCGCGGCUGUGGCAGCCGCGGUUGGAUUUUCUCUGAUUAUAUAA